AAACAUUAGGCUUGUUCAGCCUCCCUCAGAUCAGAUAUUGUAUCACUUACGUCUGCGCGAGGAGACACCAGCAUUACUCGUUCAAACGCUGCCUCGUCUACAAAUAUUUUUACACUGGACCCUGCCCUAAUCAUCAGGGCAAGUUUACGCGCGACAUGGUACCACCCACAAAGAAGCCGUCAAAGCCGAUAUUCAAAACAUCCUCGCCCUUCACAGAAACUAAGUGGCCGUCUGUAUCACCCGAAGACCAAGAAGUCAUAACGGAAUUACUGUGCAAUCUACUCACACCUCUCGGCGAGCACCGCAGAACACAUAUUCAACCUUCCAAGGGCAAGAAGCGUAAGCGAGAUACAAAGGCUCAUGCAUAUGAUGCUCCUCCAUCACCAGCACCAGCGAUGGGAUCUCAUGUUCUCAUUGGCCUGAACAGCGUAACGAGACAUCUCGAAGCUCUCGCAGCCAGUACCGCACCACCAACUGUACCAGUCGAGGAGACCGACCUCAAUGGCCGAGAUAGCUCCACGCCGGACAAAGGUGCCGAGAACCAGCCAGGGACCGCACUAAAACCUCUAAGCAUGGUCAUCCUCACUCACCCUCAGCCAUCACUCUCUCCCUCACACGCUCACAUACCAACGUUGCUCCACCUCGCCACUCUACGACCAACCUCGAGUUCCGCAUCAUCGGAGCCCACGCGCCUUGUUGCUCUUCCUACCUCCAACGACGCUCGGUUUGCAGCCGCAGUGCACAUACCCCGUGUCGGCGCAGUCGGCAUUUACGAAGGCGCACCAAGUGCAAAGGCAUUAGAGGAGUAUGUGAGGAAGCACGUGGGCCUGACGGAAUGCCUAUGGGUGGAUGAGGCUUUGAAGCCAGAAUGGCGAGGGCUGAACGUUCAGCAAGCAUGA